AUGUUGCUUCGAUCGGUUUAUUCCUCUUCUAAACAGAUAAUUCGACAAGCGUCGACAAAUAAACAAUCAAUUGACGAAUUUUUUUCUCAACAUCUUUCAUUUCCUUUUCUUCAAUAUAAAGAACAUUUACAUGUUGCUCGUGCUGAACGUCAAUUUAUUUAUGAUACAAGUGGAAAACGUUAUUUAGAUUUUUUUGCUGGUAUAGUUACUGUUGGUGUUGGUCAUUGUCAUCCACGAUUGAUUGAAGCCGCAACGAAACAAAUGAAAAAAUAUUGGCAUGUAUCAACAUAUUAUUUACAAGAUCCUGUGCGUGAUUAUGCUGAAAAGUUAUUAGAAAAUUUCAAAGAUGAUAAACAUUUAUCGGUUUGCUUAUUUGUAAAUAGUGGUUCCGAAGCAAAUGAUUUAGCAUUACAUUUAGCUAAAGAAUAUACUAAACAGCAUGAAGUUAUCACACUCAGAAACUCUUAUCACGGUGUUGUUCAAUCAACCUUAAGCUUAACAAAUGUUACAGUAUCUAAACGAAUAUAUUUAACUGGAAGUCGAGUUGCUAUGAAUCCUGAUCCAUAUCGUGGUAUAUGGGGUGGUCAAUAUUGUCGAGAUUCACCAAUUCAAACUACUCGUUCAUGUAAUUGUCAAAAAGAUCAUUGUCAAGCAUCAGAUCGAUAUGUUGAACAAUUAGAAGAAAUACUUAAUUAUGAAGUUUCGAAAAAGAAAGUAGCUGGAAUGUUUAUUGAAUCAAUUCAGGGAUAUGGUGGUUCAGUACAAUAUCCAAAGAAUUAUGUUAAACAAGCAACAGAACUUGUACAACAAAAUGGUGGAUUAUAUAUUGCUGAUGAAGUUCAAAGUGGAUUUGGUCGUACAGGAACUCAUUUUUGGGGUUAUCAAGGACAUGGAGCUAAACCUGAUAUUGUUGUUAUGGCUAAAGCAAUAGCUAAUGGAUUUCCUUUUGCUGCUAUUGUAACUCGACCUGAAAUAGCUAAAACUGUUGGAAAUUAUUUUAAUACAUAUGGUGGAAAUCCUAUUGGUUGUGCUGUUGCAUCAGCUGUACUUGAUGU